CCCAGCCGGCCCCCCGGGGCCUCAGGGGCCGCCCUGCAGGGGGGCGGUGAGAUCGCGGUGUUUCCAAGGGAGGUGCGAGAGCUUGGAGACGGUGCUGAUAGGGCCGGGAGAGUCACGUGGGGAGAAGGGAGGGCAGCGCGCGGGGGGGAGGCAGCGCGCAGUUCUCGCGUCACUUGGUUUGGAGUCGCGGGUGCGCGCGUGGGAGCGGUGGGUGCGCUGCGGGGGCUGCCGGGAACGCGCUCGGGCCCGGGGCUGAGGCAGCGGCGACGCUCGCAUCUCCACCUUGCUGAGACACUGGUCGCUGCUUUCUUUACAGCAAGGAAAAUCUGAAUUCCUCCAACAGUCAGGAUGGGGAAAGAUUACUAUUCUAUCCUGGGAAUUGAAAAAGGGGCUUCUGACGAGGAUAUUAAAAAGGCUUACAGAAAACAAGCACUGAAAUGGCAUCCAGAUAAGAACAAAUCUCCCCAUGCAGAAGAAAAAUUCAAAGAGGUUGCAGAAGCUUAUGAAGUGCUAAGUGAUCCCAAAAAGAGAGACAUUUAUGAUCAGUUUGGGGAAGAAGGUCUUAAAGGAGGAGCUGGAGGAUCUGAUGGCCAGGGUGGUACCUUCCGAUAUUCCUUCCAUGGCGACCCACAUGCUACAUUUGCAGCUUUCUUUGGUGGCACAAAUCCUUUUGAGAUCUUCUUUGGCAGGAGGAUGCCUGGUGGCAGAGACACUGAAGACAUGGAGGUGGAUGGUGAUCCGUUUGGAUCCUUCACUAGUUUUAGUAUGAAUGGUUUUCCAAGGGAAAGGAAUACAGUUGGCAGCCAAGUACGUCGAAAACAAGAUCCCCCUGUAAUCCAUGAACUUAAAGUGUCACUGGAAGAGAUCUAUCAUGGCUGCACAAAAAGAAUGAGGAUUUCACGUAAAAGGCUUAACCCAGAUGGCAGAAGUGUCCGAACAGAGGACAAAAUUCUUACUAUUGAGAUCAAAAGAGGAUGGAAAGAAGGCACCAAGAUCACUUUUCCGAAAGAAGGCGAUGAAACACCCAACACAAUUCCUGCUGAUAUUGUUUUUAUCAUUAAAGAUAAACCUCACUCUCAUUUCAAGAGAGAUGGAUCAAAUAUUAUCUAUCCUGUUAAGAUCAGCUUAAGGGAGGCUUUGUGUGGCAGCUCUUUCAACGUGCCAACGAUAGAAGGAAGAACCAUACCCAUGACAGUCAAUGAAGUGGUAAAGCCUGGGAUGAGAAGAAGAAUUAUAGGCUAUGGUUUGCCAUUUCCCAAAAAUCCUGACCAGCGUGGAGACUUAAUUAUAGAGUUUGAAGUAAUUUUCCCAGAUAACAUUUCUCCAGCAUCAAAAGAAGUACUUAGGCGAAAUCUUCCAGUUUCAUAAAAUGGAAGACUGUAUGUCAACAGAUUAAAAUAGGACACUGGAAAUGCAGAAGACUGGCGAGUCUGUGCUUUAAAAGUGCAAUCUGUAACAUCUAGUGGAAUCUUUUGUUUUUUUUUUGUUUUGUGGGAUGGGUGGGGGGAAAAUACUGUAAUGCUGCAUGAGAAGAAAAGGGUUUAAGUAGAAAUCAUACAGGUGAAUUCUGCAGUAAAAAUUACAGGGAAAACCACUCAUUUUGUUUUACAUCUUCCUAAUCAGCAAAGUUCAGUCAUUAUUUUGCUUAAUAUAAUUACAGUAAUUUUUUUACAAAGUCGGUGCAUAUUUCUGAUACAGUACUUGAACCUCCAAGUACAUUAUUUCUUAUAUCCUCACUGUCUAUAACAUUACACAUUUAUUCAGAAAUUUGAGAUUGUAGUAGAAAUACACAAAGGUAUAAAUAUUUUAAAGAGCAAAACAUGAGAGAGAUCAUAGUAUGUUGCCUUCCACUGCACAAAGCAUAGGCCAGAAAAAUCAGCUUGGGCUCCUGAACAGAGUUCCCCUGUGCAAUGAAAGACUUCUCUUUACUGCCCUCGGAAGUGCCAGGACUGCCCUGUGACUGUGGCAAGGGGCCUUGAGGAGCCAGAGUAGCCACUUGCUGUGGGAUAGUUUCUCAGUCUUCAGGCAGAACAGCAAGAAGGGAUUCUUCAAGGACAUGAACAACAGAGGGUGAGCCUGCUGUCAAAUGGGGCAGGGAAGCUGGUGACCAAUGACACGGAGAAGGCUGAGGUACUCUGUGCUGCCUUUGCAUUAGUCACUACCAGGAAAUCAAGCAUGCAGGAAUUCAGGUCCCUGAGACUAAAGGGGAAAUCCAGAACCUUCAUGGUGGAGGACUGGGUUAGGGUGCAUUUUACCUGGAGUCUGUGAGCCUGGCAGAUUGCACCCAAGUUUUGAGGGAGCUGGCUAAUGCUGUUGCAGGGCCACUCGUGUUUAUCUUUGAAUGCCAGGGAGAUUGAGGGAUGUUCCAGUAGGCUGGAAAAGAGAAAAUACCACUCUCCAAGAAAACCAGGAAGGCAGAUGUGGGAAUCUACAGGCUAAUAAGCUUCACUUAAGCCCUUGGUAAUGUGAUGGAAAAGAAUCCUUCUGGAAAGCAUUUCUGAAAGGUGAUUGGGGUACUCAACAUAGAUGUACAGCAGGAAAAUCUUCCUUGACCAAUCUUACUGCCAUCUACAGUGAUCUUCGGGGAUGUUGGGAGAGCAGUCUGUGUUGUUUACCUUUUACAUCAGUAGACAGACUGGUGAAGUACAGGUUAGGUUAAGUGGGAAGCGAGGUGGAUUAAAAGCUGGGAGUAGCUUGUGCCAGCAGCUGAUGUACUGCCUUUCAAAGAGGCCUGUUGAGGCAGAACUGGACAGAGGAUUCUCACGAAGUUCAGUGAGAGGGAAUGCGAGGUUUUGUCCCAUUGGGGGAGUAACCAGCAAACUUGUCAAUAAACCGACUGAGCUGGCAGUGCAGUCUUGUGGCAACAGAGACCAAACCUUUGCUGGCAGGUAAGGGAUGAGGAUCCAUCUGGACUCCCUGGUACUUGAAGGAAAUAGACUUAGUAGGACAGUCCCGUAUGAGAGGCUGAGAGAGCUGGAGCUUGCCAGCAUGGGGAAGAAAAGACUUGGGGGAGAUCUUAGCACCUGGCAGGAGGGAACGAGGAUGGAGGAGCCAGACUCUUCUCAGUAGUUUGUGACAGGACUAAAUGGACACCAUCUGAACACAGGGAAAGAGCAUUUUAGUGAUAGGAUGGUCAAACACUGGAACAGGUUUCCUGGAGAGUUUCAGGAGUUGCUGUCCCUGACUCAUAGCCUGACUGGACAUUGUGCAGUACAGCCUGCUCUGGCUGACCACGUGUGAGCAGGGGUGUUGAACUACAUGAUGCCAAGAGGUUUCUUGUAAGCAAGAUGAUUCUGUGAACUUGGACUUGGCAUUUUUCCCUAUGGGCCAUGUUCUGUAAAUCAGGCUUAGCCCAAAGAUGGUGGUGCUCAUGUGAGAACUCCCUGGGGAGCAGGUCUCUGUGGAAAGAUGCACAAAGAACCCUGUAAAAGCAUUUGUCUAGGGCAGGUAUUUAAAGAUCAUGCAGAUCUCAAGUAUUCAUUAUUUUCAAAGGUCAAACUUUAUUCCCAUGAAAAAGAAGGAAGAGCUAGGUCCUACCUAAAGCAAAGUUUGCUUAGCAGUUAAUGUGGGAUAGGGGUUGCCCAGAAACUUUCAUAUGCUUGAAUUGUGUUAUUUUUUUAAAAUUCAAAUAUGAGUUGUCUUUGAAGUUAAAAGGUGCAGAGAGAGAUGGAUAGCCCUCUGUUAUAGUCUAGUUUUAUAAUACAAUAAUAGGGCUGGUUCCCUUGGUUGCAGCAUGGUAUUGGUGAAAGAAAUGCCUUGUGGGCAUGCUUUAUUACUUGAGUUUAAAACCAUAAUACAGUGCUUUAACAACACUUUCAAAGGGUUUGGGAUUUUUUUGUUGUUGUUUUUCAUAAGAAAAUAUUUCAAGAUUUGCUGUCAGCCUUUUGCCUGUGGAAAUUUAGAGGUUGCCUGGUCUAUUAGGUAGCCUAAGAAAUAGCAGUGUUAUAUAUGUGACAGCAGGAAAUCAUAUGGGAGUUGGGAUUUAAUUUACAAUAAUUUUUUAAUGAGCAUAAGAAGAAUCCCAUUUCUUAAAAAUAAGAUUUAUGUGGGGUAUUGUUCAAGUCAAUUUUUUAACUGCAUAUCUCUUCAUGCAGUAUCAGUUAGUUGUAGUUCUAAAUUUGCAAGAAGUAAACAAUUGCUGGAGCAGUAUUACAAAGAGAAAAAAUUUGCUGCUUAGUGCUUCUGCAUAUUGUUAAUACUAUAUAUUGUUUGUUGAAAAAGUUUCCAUUUCAGUAUGUUCCGUAUUGCAUUUCUUACGUGGUUUUUAAGUAAAAAGUGUAAAGUUGGUUUUUAACUUUCUCUUAUAUUUUGUUAUGAUGGCAAAUGCUACAAGCUACACGACUUUAAAGCAUAUCAACCUAAAAUACCUAUUUGUCAGUUUAAAAGCUAAUGGAAUCAAGCAUUUUGUAAUCUAGGAUCUUGUAACCAUAUCCAACUUGUAAAAAAAAAAAGUUACAGCAGCUAGGACUAUUAUUUUGUAACUAUCUUCAGGUAAGAGGAGUAGUAUUAAAUUGAGGGAUUGCAGUAUCUUGUGUAUUUAGAGGUGUACAUAUAUAUAUAUGUGUAUAGCAAACUAAACUUUUCCAACUGUUUUCAUGCUCAAAAUAUAAAACUUAUAGAACUGGUAUGAAAUAAAUGCUUGUAUUUCUUUUCUUAUGGCAAGGUAACAAAGUAUAUGUUUCAGAAACCAGCAUGUAGACUUACUUCAAAAUACGAGAGGAAGCAUUAAUAUCUAUCUAAUCCAGGAUUCACAAAAAAUAUUUUUCUAAUCAAAACUGUGCUUAAAAGCUAUGUUUUAAAACCCACUUGAUUAUUUAAUAAAGCUGUUUGGGAGAAGGAAGCAAAUACUCAGUCAACUAUUAUAUUUGUAACUACUGAAAAACAUGAAAAUAAAAUGGUCAUUCAUGAAA